AUGGCGCCUACAACUAUCUUGAACGAGCUGUCCAAGCGCUACACUUGUAGCACCUACGACUACAACAGAGGCAAUUGUUACUCUGCGUGGGACUGGUAUGGUCGAUGGAUCUUGUUCGGCGUUAUCGUCGUUGUCGCAAUCAUCAUCUUCUUCCUAUGGGCAUGUGUGAAUUCGCGCCGCCGCCGCAGACGUGGCAUGCAGCCCAUGUACGGAACCGGCUGGAUGGCUAGUAACAACGGCCAGUACCAGAACAACCCGCAGGCGUACCAUGCCGCCCCUCCCGCGUAUGGCGCGCCGGGCCAGUCGUAUCCCAUGCAGCCCCAGUACACCGGCCAGACGUUCAACCAGGCGGACGGCUACUACGGCCAGCGCGAGGGUGUAGCGCAGCCCAAGCCCGCUCACACCGUGCCCGACUAUGCGCCCCCCGAGGGCCCGCCUCCGCCCAAGACCACACACUAG